UUUUUUUUUCUCCCUCCUCAUUUUUCCCCUUUGUCAAUUAACUUCGUAGAAACACUUGCUAGCUUCUUGUUACAUAAAUAAAAGACAAACAUCAACAUGCAUGUGAUGUUGUGAAAAUACGUAUAUCAAUGAUUGACUUUGAAAAUUCAUGGACUAAUAUUAGUCUAGGUGCAGGGUUAUUUUGGUUUGUUUUUAUAUUUCUUCUUUUAUGUUUUUGGACACAUCUUGGUUUUCUAAUCUAAUUCAUCACCCUACUAAAUUCCAUAUUCAGGCCCCUUGCAACUGUGUCCCUCUGUGGAUUCAACCAGGUGAGUUUCCUUGAAGAUCAAAAAAGUUUAUAUGUUUCGCCCAAAUUUUAGCAGGGGUCCUCUCAAAAUAUUGACGAGGUGGCUCAUAUUCCUUACUAUCUUCAAACUCAGUUCUGCUAUCAACAAUCCUGAUAUAGAAGGUGAAGCUCUGCUCGAUUUUUUGCAUUUCCUCAAUGAUUCCAAUAAGCAAAUAAGAGACUGGGACAGUCAUUUAGUGAGCCCUUGCUUCAGUUGGUCUCGUGUUACUUGCAGAGACCAGCAUGUCAUAUCUGUGUCCUUAGCUUCAGUUGGAUUUUCUGGAACACUCUCUCCCUCUAUUACCAAAUUGAAAUAUUUGGUUAGCUUGGAUUUGCACAAUAACAAUCUUUCAGGAUCCUUGCCUGAUUACAUUUCAAACAUGACAAACCUACAAUAUCUAAAUCUUGCUGACAAUAAUUUUAGCGGUCCUAUACCAGCUAAAUGGGGUCAACUAUCCAAUCUAAAGCAACUGGAUCUUUCAUCCAAUGAUCUUACUGGAAGUAUCCCAAUGCAACUCUUUUCAAUUCCAAUGUUUAACUUUUCAGAUACGCAUCUUAAAUGUGGCCCUGGCUUCGAUCAACCUUGUGAUUUUAAAUCUGAAAAUCCAGAUUCAUCCCACAAAUCAAAAAUGGCAAAAAUUGUACGUUAUGCAAGUUGUGGUGCUUUUGCACUUCUGUGUCUUGGGGCUAUCCUUACGUAUGGAUACCAUCAAAUGCUUAGGCGCACAAGGGAAAUCUUUGUUGAUGUUUCAGGUGAAGACGAUACCAAAGUUUCUUUUGGGCAGUUGAGAAAAUUUUCUUGGCGUGAACUCCAACUUGCCACUAAAAAUUUCAGUGAAAGCAAUGUAAUUGGUCAGGGUGGUUUUGGAAAAGUGUACAAAGGAGUACUCUCUGAUAACACAAAGGUCGCUGUAAAACGCCUUCUUGAUUAUCAUAAUCCUGGUGGAGAGGCUGCAUUCGAGAGAGAAGUUCAACUUAUAAGCGUUGCAGUUCAUAGAAACCUCCUAAGACUAAUUGGCUUCUGCACAACCACAACUGAAAAAAUCCUUGUAUACCCUUUCAUGGAAAAUCUUAGUGUAGCAUAUCGACUCAGAGAUUUAAAACCUGGUGAGAAAGGCUUGGACUGGCCAACAAGGAAACGCGUGGCUUUUGGCACUGCACAUGGUUUGGAGUAUCUACAUGAACAAUGCAAUCCUAAGAUAAUACAUCGUGAUCUAAAGGCUGCAAAUAUCCUUCUAGAUGAUGAAUUUGAAGCUGUUCUAGGUGACUUUGGUCUAGCCAAGCUGGUUGAUGCAAGGAUGACUCAUGUCACCACUCAAGUGAGGGGCACAAUGGGUCACAUUGCCCCAGAGUAUUUGUCCACUGGAAAAUCUUCAGAAAAGACUGAUGUUUUCGGAUAUGGCAUAACGCUUCUUGAACUAGUCUCUGGUGAGCGUGCAAUAGACCUUUCUCGGCUCGAAGAAGACGAGGAUGUUCUUCUGAUCGAUCAUGUAAAAAAUCUGCUGAGAGAAAAGAGGUUGCAGGACAUUGUGGAUAGAAACUUGAAGAGUUAUGAUCCAAAGGAAGUUGAGACCAUUCUUCAGGUUGCAUUGCUUUGCACCCAAGGCUUUCCUGAGGAUCGUCCAACGAUGUCAGAGGUGGUAAAAAUGCUGCAGGGAGUGGGCUUGGCAGAUAGAUGGGCUGAUUGGCAGCAACUUGAAGAGGCUAGGAAUCAAGAACUCUCACUCAUGACUCACCAAUUUGUUUGGAAUGAUGAAACCACUCUUGAUCAAGAAGCCAUACAGCUUUCCAGAGCAAGAUAAGCAGAGCUGGAGAGUCAAUUUUGAAAUCCUGUAGUUUUAUAUGACAUACAAUAUAAUAUAUACAUAUGUGUACUUUAAUGUACUUUUGAAAGAUGUAUAAGUACCUAAAAGGGUCUGUGUUUAAACAAUGCUGGAUGUACAACAGAAAAGAAAGGAAACGAAUGAGGGGUCUGUCACAGGCUACAUAUUUGAACAGGGGAAGAUUCAGGUUGCAUUAUGUAUAUCACAACUGUGUUGCUUUUGUAACUUUAGAAAUGUGCUAUAAUAGUUGCUACAAUAUUUCUUUCUUAA